AUGGCAACCACCGCCCCGCUCAGUGCCAAAAGCAAACUCGCUGGCAGCUCCCUGAAGAUUACCCCCUCCAACUCCCCCGUCUUGCGUCCAGGCACUCGUUCUGCGAGCAGGGCCUCACACCAGUCGGCCCUCUCGCUGCAGACCGUCAUCGGAACCACCACGACAACCCCCAAUGGGUUCUCCAGUCAUGACCAAAGCAAGAGUUUUGCUUUGUGCGCCGGCUCCGCGGCCGUCCUCGCCGAGCUCGAUGACGCAGGCAACCUAAGCCAGCGAUUCUUUCGAGCUCGACCCUCGGCCACCAGCGUGAAUCCCACCUCCUCAUUCUACAACCAAUCCACUCCUCCGUCUACUCCUGACCCGAAAUCCCGUUCCCUAUCACAUAUUCGCUCCAACCCACACCUCAACGUCCCGAACGGCUCCCCAUCUAGCGAAGCUAGUGAUUGUGGCAGCCCGCGUGCCUGGUCAUCAAGAGAAAGAGUGAAAGCAGUUACCAGUGUUUCAAUCAGCCCGAACGGAAGAUUUCUGGCGGUGGGAGAGACCGGUUACAACCCCCGAGUCUUGAUUUUUUCGACCGCUCGCGAUGCCCUGCCUGACGUUCCUCUAUCCAUUCUCUCCGAUCACACCUUCGGCAUACAAAGUCUCGCCUUUAGUCCCGACUCGCAGUAUUUGGCCACGCUGGGAAACGUGAACGAUGGUUUUCUGUUCAUCUGGUCAAUCAAUUUCAAGAAUGGCUCGGCCAAGCUACAUUCCGUCAAUAAAUGCACAUCUUUCGUCCGUGAUAUGUGCUGGGUCGGCCAAUCUUUGAUAACUACCGGAGUGCGCCAUGUUAAAGUUUGGAGACUUCCUCCCUCCCGACCAGUCUCGCCUACAAAGACACGCCUGAAUAUCGAUGGCGCAGGUCCCUCACCGAACCCGGCGCCAAAGGCCCUUUCUGGCAGGAAUUGCAUAUUGGGGCAAUUGAGCGACAGCACGUUUAGUUGCGCGAGAAGUAUCUCUGACCAGGAGGGCGUGGUGGGCUCGGAAUCCGGCGCGGUAUGCUACCUCGACGACCGCGAAGGAACUCAGAAACUGCAGUUCGUCACGCAGGUUGGAUUUUCUAUAACCUCCUUGACUGUUGACUUCGAUCGCGAGUCCAUAUGGCUCGGAGGCCGUGGAAGGAAAAUGCAGCGACUGUCAUUCGAAACUCUGCGGUCUGCCACUUCUCCUAUCCCCAUGUCACCAGCGCGACGCGAGAAGAUCGUGGUGGAUAAGAAGAGCAAAGUACCGACAAUCACAUGCAUGGGUUCCCUUUCCUCCCAUUUGGUCACUGUAGAGGCCAGUCGCGAAAUUCACAUCUACCCCAUCGAGGGCUUACGUGACGAAGGCGAACAAGAAGAUGGUGACACCUCGAUGCCAGCUCACCGGGACCCGGUUCUCGGCAUUCGUCGCCUCGAUGCACCCGAUUUCCUGGCCAGCUUCUUUACUUGGUCUCGCAAUGGCUCGGUUAUUUUCUGGGACUCCUUGGGCAGGUGCUUAGAUUUCAAAACAGUUGUCCUCGAGCAGAAUUGCGAAGCGGAAGAUGUGGUGAAUGAACUUAAGGUGUUUAGAGCCCCUUUAGAUGCUGGGUUCUUCGUUUCUGGGGACAGAUACGGAGUCCUUAGAGUAUAUUCCCGUGAGCCAUGGGAGUGCGUUAACGAUGUUCGUGCCCAUGGAGCAGAGAUCACGGACAUUGCUGUCCAUUCGACGGAUGAUGAUUCCUGUUUGAUCGCAAGUGCUGGUCGAGACCGGAUGGUACAGCUCUUCGAAAAAUCCGGGUCCAGCGUGGAUUUAAUCCAAACGAUGGACGAUCAUGUUGGGGCUGUCAAUCAGCUCAUGUUCAUGAAUGACGGCGAGAGGCUGCUCUCGAGUUCGGCGGACCGCACUAUUCUUGUACGAGAUCGUGCUACUCGCGAUGAAGACGGCGCCACAUCUGUUGCGUAUCUCAUCACUAGAGUCAUCACUCUGAAAGCCUCCCCAAUCUCUAUGACAUUCUGCCCCGAUGACCCAAACAUGCUCUAUGUAUCCACGAUGGAUCGUUGCAUCUCAAAAUUCGACAUUCCUUCGGGGCGCCAAAUCCAUUGCUUCAAAGCAUCUGAUUCGGAAGCCACUGAUGCUGUCAUAAUGAGCGCUUUGACAGUAACGUCGGAAAUUCCAGGACAAUGCCCGAAACUCUUGCUUGGGGUCUCUGGUACCGAUAAGUCUAUCCGAGUAUAUGACCUAGAACGAGACCAGUUGCUCACUGGGGAGUUUGGCCACACAGAGGGUGUAAGCGAUGCUUUGCUCUUGGAAGAAUCUGAUCCCAAUGAUGGAUCAAUUAUCAAACGAAACUUGGUAUCAGCUGGUAUCGAUGGGAUACUGAUGAUCUGGAACCUAUCUGUCCAGCCACAACCGCCCCCAGAAGGCCAAGGCCGCGACGAGGAUGGGCCGACGAAGGAAGCGACAGCGGCCAAACCACCACUUCGGAAGGUCCUCUCGCGCAGCGAACUAGCUGGCUUCCAACGACCCGACAACCCAAGCCCCCCUAGGAACCCCUACACCCACGCGCGAACUAUCUCCGACGUUGACUCGCAAGAUGUCCAAGCUAACCACUCUCUCGCCGAAACUCCAUCUCCUCCUAAUCGUCGUUCGCCAACCGCUUUCACAUCUGCAUCAAGCCGUCGGUCACCGUCUCCUGUUAGCCCAAAGUCUAGACCAUCAAUCCCAAAGAGGUCCCAUGGGACACGGAGCAACAGCCGACGAGUCUCUUCCGAUUUCCGAACCCGCACCAAAGUAUCCCACCGCAGCGAAUUCGGCAGCCUCGAAAUGUCCACUGAGCAAGUAUGUCGCACGCUACGGGCCUACCGGAAGAAGCUCAACGGCUCGGGCCAACAAGUUCUUGCGCAGAAAGAGCUCGAGCGAGAAUUGACACUGACGCUUCGCGCUGUCAAUGCGCGGUCCAUGAAUAGUGAUGAGAGUGCUGAGACGGAGACUGAUAGUAGUGGCAAGGAUCUUGACCGCAAACCUAGCUAUUCACCUGUCUCUUCGCGCUCAUCACAUUAUCCACGCCAUGCUCCGUCAACUCCUCUCUUGCGUCAGAAGAAUCUGCGGCAGGUUUCGAGGAGCCGUUCGUAUGAUGCAAACGGAGAUGAAUGA